AUGCAACAACCUCAAUUUCAGCAACCGCUUGCACCUCAAGGGCCGAUGCAAAGGCAAAUGGGUCGUCCAAGAGUACCAUUGGGUGCUCCACGAAGACAUCACCGAGAUGCGGUGCGGGGAAUUGAAGCUCAUUUUAGACCGGUUAUUACUAAUAAUCCUUCACCGGUGGUGAUUCCUCAUCACCCGGAUGGAAGGACUUUUGAGGUUAGAAUUACCACACUUCAAAGUUUGCCAAAGUUUAAAGGGUUAGCAACGGAAGAACCUUACUUUCAUUUGGAAACCUAUGACUCCAUUUGCAACACUAUUGGAGGUCAAGGUUUUUCGUCGGACGAUGUCAAGUUGGUUCUAUUUCAAUUCUCUUUGGAAGAUAAAGCAAAGAGAUGGUUUCAUACUUUGCCUUCCGCGUCAAUUUAUACAUGGGCCGAUAUGCAACAGAUUUUCUUGGACGAGUUCUACACUUCUCAAAAGACCAACGAUGCAAGGAGAGGUUUGAGAAGCUUCCAACAACAAUCGGGGGAAAUGUUUCAUGAGGCUUUUGAAAGGUUUAAUAUGAUGUUACGGAAUUGCCCUCAUCACGGAAUCCAACUUUGGGAGUUGUUGAACGCGUUUCACGAAGGGUUGAGUUCGGAGGAUGCUCGUAACUUGAUGUCGAUUACUAACGGUACAUUCGGUACAAAUUUUGAACAAGAUGAUUGGGCAUUUUUAGAGCAAAUGGCGGUGACCUCCAAAAGGAAGGCCCAAUCCUCAAGACGGGCAAGGCAUGUGAUAGCAAGGCCACAAUUGCAUGGAGUAGAGAGUGGAGGCGUUCAAACCAUGAAUCAAGUGUACAACGUGUGCACUAAUUGCAACGAAAUAGGCCACACGGCGGAAGUAUGUUUGGUAGGAGUGGUUGAGGAGCAAGUGGAAGAGGUGAAUGCUAUUCAAGGGGGUGGUCGAAACUUUAACAUGAAUUCGAACACAUACCACCCUGGGUUACGAAACCACCCAAAUUUUAGAUAUGGAAAUCCCUCAAAUCAAGCCAACCCGAAUUUUCAAGGAAGUCAAGGUAACUUUGUUCCACGCCAACCGUUUAAUGAUCAAAGUGGGUCUUCGAGUCAAGGUUCCUCGGGUGGAAAUGAGGUCAUGGAAAUGUUGAAAGCGAUGCAAAUGGAGAUGCAACGAAGAAAUCAGCUGGAUGAGGUUCGUAUGCAAAAAGAUGAAAUCCGUGACAAAGCUAUUCAAUCGUUAACCACCCAAAUGGGUCAACUUGCGAGUGAAGUGACGAUACUGAAGAAAGCAAAAGGCCAGCUACCGAGUGACACGGUGACAAAUCCCAAGAACAUAAAAAGCGUUAAUAUCAAUGUGGUAAGCACCGUUCCUAGUACCGAAUUUAAUGAAAAAUUUCUAACCUCUUCAUGUCAAAUAAAUACAGGUAUAGGGAAGGACACCGAUGGUGAGAAUGAUAAAGAACAUGGAGCACCAAUCGUGCCUACCCGUGUGGGAAAAUUAAAAAUUCCUCACGCAUUGUUGGACUACGGGGCGAGCAUGAGUGUGUUACCAGGUGAUCUAUAUGACAUGUAUGAUUUUGGUCCGCUCAAAGAUAUAGACACCAUGGUGAGUUUGGCGGAUGAGAGUUGGAGACGUCCGCGAGGAGUGGUUAGGAAUGUUAUGAUUCGGUUGGGAGAAUUCGAAUACCCGGUGGAUUUUCUGGUCUUAGAUUAUGCUACUACCGAGAUGGUGUCGCAACAAAGGAGACGGGAUUAUUAUUAUGACCGAAAAGAGCUGUAUGUUGUUCUUGAUGUUCAGACGAGGAUUAUUAGUUAUGAGUCCAUUGAGGGUAAGGGUAGCGAAUCUAAUGGUCAUAUGAAAAGCACAUGUCAAAGAACGAAAACGAAUAAACCACCUGGUCGUGAAGAAAAGUAUGAAGGUUUAAGCAGGAGUGUACGUGAUUUUCCACCGAAUGAACAUGAGAUGGAUGCAUUUUGCUCAAUGACACGAGGAAAUGAUGGAGAUGAUAGAAAUCGUUUCUUUGAGCCACCAUAA